UCUCUGCCAAUUCUUCAACUACGAAAUACUCAAGAUCUCUCCACGUACUUGACCAACUUCCAAAAUCAACCGUACCUCUUGAACCCAACCGACUAUCGGUUCAGUUUCGUCGGCAAAGCUCCGAAGGUGAAUAACGUGCAACUGGGUUCGCCGUUCCUGUCGCCGCUUUCCAGUUUUCAGAGUCAAGUGGUCCCGAUUUCCACGGCAGUCAACAGCCCGCAAUUUCCACAGUACAAAGGAGCAAGCAUACAGGUUUACCCGACUGUCGGCGGUUUCCCGGCGACUGCUUAUCAGCCUCUUCAGACGCAGCCGCAAUUGCAUUUUCAACAGGACACGAUGCAACGUGUGCAACCUGUUGGGGCUGUUCCUCAGUCGGCACCCGCGCAGGAAAUAAGAGCCGACGUGGAGAUCAUCGACAAGCAUCCCACGACUCCACCUCCGAAGAGAGACGACGAGGAUGGUGAUGAGGAAGGAGGUUACACGCCAGAUGAGAAGGAAUACAGGCCGAAUUCAGAGACCGAUGAAGAGUACGAUGAUAAACCGGACAGGUAUUUUAAAGCUCCUCGAACAGAAGGGAAUUUCAAGCCCUCCAUGACGUUCCCUUUUAAACAGUACGACGAGAAAUUUGGAAAAUACUCCGAUCAGAACCACGAAGAGGAAGUUGAUUAUGAUAGCAAUGAAAAGAUCCUGUCGAAUAAAUAUCAAUCAAAGGACACUUUGUCAAAGCCAUACUAUAGUGGACAAGAAGAAGAA